CAUUUUCAAUUUUCAUAGUAUUUUUCCUCGUAAAACUCGAGUUUUCCAUGUCGACGAAACAUGGUAUAGUGGAAAUCACUGCAAGUAAUUAUCAACGUUUAGUGAUUGACGGAGACAAAGAUGCCUGGAUUGUCGCUGUGAAAGGUGCUGGGAAAGUUUCAAUGGACGAAUGGAGGAAAACUGAGCUUGAUAUGCGUGGCUUGUCUGUGCGAGUCGGAAUAAUUGAUCCAGACACUGAUGGUGCAUUUUUGAAGAGGAAGGGUUUCCUCCAGAGAGACAAAAAAUAUUCAGUGGCUCGUGUUUUUCCUUACGGUGGUUACAAAAUAAAAUCAGCUGGAAAGAAAGAUGUGAAAUCUCGAUUAGAAGCCGAAACUGAGGUGCUAGAAAGUCUUCCAGAUGAAACAACCAAAGUUUCAACAAUGGAAGAACUACAGCACUGUGUGAGAAGAGGAUACGCAGCCAAACCCCUCAAAAUGCCAGUUUUGCUAUUAACAGACAAAAGUAUCACAUCGCCUGUUUUUCGUGCUAUUGCCCUCAAAUAUUCCAAAUAUUUCAACUUUGUUGUCCUUCACAAGCCGAGUCAAGAGGUGUUGCACAAUUUCCAACUAAGACAGACUCCAGCAAUCCUGGUCAUGAUUGCAACACAAAGUGAAGACAAGCAAAUCAUUAGAUUUAGCUCAGUGAUUUACGACCCCAAGGAAUAUGGUGAAAUAUCUUACCUUAAUUUGACAAGAUUUUUCUUCUCUGUCCAUGAGAAGCAUUGGCUAGACCACCCAGACGCGAAGAAAUACAAAGGAAAAGUUGGCUUGAGAGAGUUCUUCAUUGAAGACGUGAAGAACACACUGGGGGGAGAGUUUGAGAGUGACAGACCAGAAGAUGAGAGUAAAGUGGCCAAAGAAAUUACGUUCGAGAAUCAAAACAGAAUGUGUGCAGAUUCUAAUAGGGGCUUAUGUCUCAUCUACUUUGUGGAUGGCAAGGACAAGAAAGGGGUCAGAAAGGCUUUGAAGUUUUUUAAAGAUCUACGGAAAAUGUCAAACGUCAGAGGUAAACCUGUACUCUAUCUCUGGAUUAACGGAUCUUGCCAUCCAGAAUAUGGUGAAAUUUUUGGAAUCUCUCCGCACAACCUUCCGAUGUUGCUGUUUGCAAAACCAAUGCAGCGGUUGUUUAAAACUCUGAGUGGACGCUUUACAAAGGAAAAAGUCAGUGAUAUUAUAUGGAAUAUAUUUCUGGACCGUGAGGCGUUGUCGCCUUUUUCACGGUUUAACGAAAUUCUCCCCGUUGACUGCCAGAAAGGGGCGCCUUCGAAGCGAAUUAAGAGAGAGGAAAAUCAAGAUAAGAAUAUGAAAAGAAAGGAGAAGAAAAAGAGCGAAAAGAAAGCUUCAAGUAAGGCAAAGGAUACAAAGGCGAGGAAGACCACGAGAGUAGACGAACUCUGACUGCUAGAAUCUUGUUCUUUGUUCUGUUCUUGAUGAAAACGAUUUCGAAAUUGUUCAAUUUUUUCUUUUUCGUUACUUUGCAAUUCCCAAGACCCGAUAUUGUAAGAGGCAACUUAAAAUAAAAAUUACUGACCACCACAACUUUCUCAAAGGACCAAACAAAAUAUAACACUUGUAAAAAAAGAUUGAAAAAAAAAAUGAUAAUACUAAAGGUUUCUUCAAAUUAUAAAUCUUAAAACUUUAUUCAACUACCAGUUCAUAGACAUGUAUAUGUACAAUAAAUUAUGAAACGAUCAAGUAAAAUUCAAAAUGAAUACGAACUCUGGCGGUGGAACAAAAAAUUUGUCCACUCCUUGUGUCAAAAGAGUAUAGAGUAGUAGAGUGUAUAACUCACUAGUCAUUCGCUAAUUUUGAAUUACUUCACAGCAUUCAGUUAAAUAUACAGCUCCAAAUAAAGAUCAGUGUCCUUCCU